AUGGUGGCUAUCAAGGACUUGAUAAAAGGCGGCGUAAAGUGGCUGUUUACCGUCCAAGCGGCUUUGAAGCAAGAGAAGACUAAUGGAAAAUCUCCUCUUGGAACUUUCGAUGCUGCCAAGCUUCCGACCUUUUUGAGCAACAACCCCCUACCCAAUGGCGUCCCCUGGGGCCCCCUCACUGCCGACGGCACCAAUUAUUAUAAGCAAUGGCCUAACACUGGUGUCACUCGCAAAUAUGACUUCACUGUGAGCCGUGGUGUCAUUGCACCCGAUGGGUAUGAGCGGAAGGUCCUCCUGGUGAACGGUGCCUUCCCAGGUCCCACCAUCGAGUCAAACUGGGGAGACUGGAUCGAGGUCACAGUCCACAACAAUAUCACUGAUGGCCCAGAGGGUACCGCGCUUCAUUGGCACGGUUUCCGUCAACAGGGAACGCAGUGGGAGGACGGCGUUCCAUCCGUCAGUCAGUGCCCGAUUGCACCUGGCAAGACCUACACCUACAGAUUCCAGGCGACCCUCUACGGCACAACCUGGUACCAUGCCCACUAUUCGUCCCAGUAUGCUGGUGGCCUCUUGGGCCCCAUUGUAGUAUAUGGUCCUUGCAAAUCCAAGCACGAAGUUGAUCUUGGCCCUGUCAUCCUCGGUGAUUGGUACCACAAACAGUACUUUGAUCUCAUUGAGGACAUCCUUCAAGUGGGCGGCAGUGGCUUGGUCUUCUCCGACAACAACCUUAUCAAUGGAAAAAACAACUUCAACUGUUCAACUGUGGCCGCCGGAGACAACACCAAAUGCACCAACAACGCUGGUAUCUCCAAAUUCAAGUUCCAGACCGGCAAAACCCACCGUCUCCGUCUUAUCAACGCUGGAGCCGAAGGCGUUCAACGGUUCUCGAUCGACGGCCACACUCUGACGGUCAUUGCCAACGACUUUGUCGAAGUCGAGCCAUAUGAUACCAAAGUUGUCACUCUUGGAAUCGGGCAGCGUACCGAUGUGCUUGUGAAGGCCAAUGCUGGCAAUGCUCAGAGUGCUUUCUGGAUGCGCAGCAACAUGACUAGUUGCAGUCUGACGAACCAGCCUCUCGCGCUUGCCGCUGUCUUUUACGAUAAGGCCGAUCAGAACAAAGCACCCACGAGCACUCCUUGGGAUGUUCCCGACCCUGGCACUUGCGUCAACGAUGAUCUUGCCCUCACCAAGCCUGUCAUGAAGCUCAAGCCUUCCAACCCCGCGGUGACUAAGACUAUGGAGAUCAAGGUCUUCCGUAACGAAUCCGGCAUCAUCCAGUGGUCUCUUGGCGGCGAGGACUUCCGCGGAAACUUCAACAGCCCCACGCUUCUCCAGGCCAACAAGGGUAACUUGACUUUUGAUGCAGAUUGGAACGUUGAUAACUUUGCCAACAAUGGCAGCAUUCGUGUUGUUGUGAGCAACAACAGUCCCGCAGCGCACCCUAUGCAUCUCCACGGAUUUAACAUGUACAUUCUUCACGAAGGCGAUGGAUUGACUUGGGACGGUACCAUUACCAACCCUGAAAACCCACAGCGCCGAGAUGUACAGCAGGUCCGCGCCAAUGGACACAUGGUGAUGCAGUUCGACUCCAACGAGAACCCUGGAAUGUGGCCUUUCCAUUGCCACAUCGCCUGGCACGCCUCUGCUGGCCUGUUUGCCCAGUUCCUUGUGCAGCCAGAAAAGGUCAGGCAGCUCCGCAUCCCGGCUGCGGUUGACCAAGUUUGCAAGGAUUGGAGUGCCUGGACCAGCCGCAAUGUCCCUGAUGUCAUUGACAGCGGUCUGUGA